AUACUCUCUUUUGUCUGAUAGUCUGAGGCAUGUCUGAGGUCAUAUUGUUGUCAUUUAGUUGGGUUUAAAAAUAUUCAAGGUUAACAGGAAAGCUGAAAAAUAAAAUAUAUUUAAUGGGAACAUUUAAUUAAUCAUUAAGCACUACUACAAAUAUUUUGCCAUGGGUUAUAACAGCUUGUCAGUGUUUGUGGCAUUUCUACUAAUUAUCCAUUCCUGCUUUGCACCACCUGUAACACAGAAUAAACAAAAUGGAAGUGAACAUCCUCCCGAUUCCGAUAUCGGUGGAAUAGAAGAUUAUAUGGAAUAUCACAGGUAUCUCAAAGAAGUAGUUAAUGCCCUCGAAUCAGACCCAGACUUUCGACAAAAGUUAGAAAAAGCAGAUGAGAGUGAAAUUAAAUCUGGGAAAAUAGCUGAUGAGUUACAGUUUGUUUCCCAUCAUGUCAGAACUAGAUUAGACGAAAUCAAGAGGAUUGAGUUGCAAAGGUUAAAAGACCUUACAGAGCAGAAACGAAAAUUGGAGAAAGAAGUAGAGUCAAAUGGAAUAAACGGAAACAGCAUAGAUAUUCAUCAUCAUUUGGACCAAAAUAAUCCUCAUACCUUUGAAAUAGAAGAUCUGAAAAAAUUAAUAGCUAAAACUACUCAGGACCUUGCUGAAGCCGAUAAAAGGAGAAAAGAAGAAUUUAAGAGAUAUGAAAUGGAGAAAGAAUAUGAAAAACAAGAGAAAUUGAAUCAUACUAAUGGAGCUGAAAAGGAGAAACUUCAAAAGGAAUAUGAGGAACUAGAGGCAAAACAUAAAAAACACGAAAAACUUCACGAGCCAGGACAUAAACAGCAAUUAGAAGAAGUAUGGGAAGAGCAAGAUCAAAUGCAGCAGGACUUCGAUCCAAAAACUUUCUUCAUGUUGCAUGAUAUAGAUGGAAAUGGACUGUGGGAUCAGGAUGAAGUAAAAGCUUUGUUCAUAAAAGAACUGGAUAAAAUGUACCAACAAGGAGCGCCUGAAGAUGACAUGAGGGAACGUGUAGAGGAAAUGGAAAGAAUGAGGGAAAGAGUAUUUACGGAAAUGGAUUAUAAUAGAGAUGGUUUUAUUGACUACAGAGAAUUUCAGCAGCAAACAUACACGGAUAAUUUUAAGCAAGAUCAUGGAUGGCAGGGUUUAGAUGAACAGACCAAACCUUACAGUGAAGAAGAGUUGGCCGAAUACAUUAGACAACAUCAUGCGGCCAAUCAGAUUCCACAGUAUGAUUAUAUGCCACAUCAACAGGUUCAUCCAGGAUAUCAACAGCCUCAAGGAGGUUAUCAACAGCCUCAAGGAGGUUAUCAACAGCACCAAGGAGGUUAUCAACAGAUUCCACAGGGAUAUCAACAGGUUCAGCAAAACCAACAAUUUCAUGCUGGUCAAGUACCACCUCAGCAUUCAGAUUUAAAUACAAAUGAAGUCUACCAAAAUCAGCAACCUCCACCUCAGCAAUUCCAACAAGUGCCACAACAACAGUAUAAUCAGCCUGGACAAGGUAAUCCGCAAAAUGUUCCUUUGAAUCAAAAUCAACAACAGUUCCAACAUGUACCACAGCAACAGUUUAAUCAACCUGGACAAGCUAUUCCCCAAAAUAUUCCUGUAAACCACAAUCAGCAACAGUUCCAGCAAGUACAACAUCAACAACUUAAUCAGCCAGGGCAGGCGAAUCAGCAACAGGUCAACAAUGCACAAAAUUAUCAAGCAAAUGUACCUUCUGCUCAAAUUCAGUACCAACGAACAAAUUUUGGUAAUCAACAAUUUCAGCAACAACAUCAAGAUGUUGCUAAUCAACAACAACCUGGUGUAGGCGUGAAUCAACAAGUAAAUGCCCAACAAAUUUCGAAUAACAAUCAGCCAUCUAGUAAUUUAAAUCAACAACAUAAUAUUGGGAAUGUGCAAUCUCAGCAAAAAGUGAAUAAUAUGCCACCUCCCCAAGUUAAUCAGGUUUAAAAUUAAAAGUAUCAAAUAUGAAUAUUCCCAGUGAUAUUUAGACUAUAUUCCGUAUAAAAUCAAGGUCAUUACACUAGAAAAGCUUUUUGAUAACUGUUGGACCAAUCAGGGCACUGUAUUAUAAUGCGUCAUAGGGAGGAAAUUGAGUUUUUUUUAUAUUCAUUAAAAUAUGUAGCUUAUCACAGAUAUAAUGUACAUUAAUUAAAUAAAAUCAUGAUAUGAAACACUAUGACGAGAAAUUUUCCUUCUCUCGCUUCUAUAUGACCACUUAUAGAUCAUACCAAAUAAACUUUUAGUCGCGUGAUUAAGCCUGACUGGCACAGUGUAGCCGACUUUUAUAUAAUUUCUAUAAUUUCUUUUAAUCAAAAUACUUUUUGAAACAAAAAUGAAUUAUUUCUGUGACUAAGGCAGAACCCGAUAUGUCAAUAGGAAAAUAAUGUUAACAUAUCCGGUUUUGCCUUAUGUAGUAGCACAGAAUUAUAAACAUAUAUACAGUUAUUUACAUCAACGAAACUCACCUCCCUAACAGCAUUUAAUAGACAUAAAGAGCCAUUAUUAUUGCGUUCCCAUUCAAAAUAUUCUAAAAAGGGGUACAAUGAGUUUUUUCAACGGCUGUUAAGCUGCUUCGGCAUCUUGUAGAUCUCGCACUACAAGCUGUUUUAAAAAGAACAAUUUUCGACAGCAAGGUCUGUUUGUACAGCAUUUUAAGCCUAAAAUAUUACUGUGAGGUUCUCUUCCUUUUUGAGAACGCUUACGGACGCCGAGUUGCCUUGGUUCGGUACUCGGGCGCCACCCUCAAAGUUUAUAGUGUUUGAGAGACCACUAGUGCCAGUACGGGUAGUUUUUAUACAGUGGAGAUACCAGGGAGUGAUGAGAUGAAAAGAAAAUAAAACACACAAUUAACUAUAACGUAACACUAGGUUUUUAUUUAACAAAUUAAUUAUGUACAAAAGUAAUCAAAGAAAGUUUACGUUCUGGAAUUGUAACAAUAGUAAAAUAAAAUGUAUGUUUAGCAACCCGUAAAGCAAAAUUUAUAAUAACAACCGUGUACCUCUAGAGUUCUGAUCAAUUAUUCCCAAUACGCAACUCUCUGACUGACUAUCACUCGAACACAAGACGCGUUCCCGAAGUGACGUUCUGUUAUACACAGAGACGCGGUUCCCGGAUCGGCGGCGAUUUUAACAGCAUCCCGUUGGACACGACGACGCGAGUCCCAGAUCGGCGUCGGAGUUAGUGGCGUCCCAUUGAACACAGACGUAGGUACCGGAGCAACACACUCUACCGCGACGCGACUCUCUAAGCGGCGGCGACGUCGUUACAGGCGUCCCGAUGGUCACAUUACGGCGAAACACGGACCCCGGAUCGGCGUCGGAGUUAACAGCGUCCCGUGGCGCACAGACGCGAGUCCUGGAUCGACGUCGAAGUUAGCGACGCCUCGGCGAGUUGUACACCGUCCGCAUUAGCGCGGCACGCACACACCGCCCGGUCAGGACAGCCUCGGGAUAUCGGCGAGAUCCCGUCCAGCGUCACUGUUGCAGGGUGCCGUCCGGACGACACACA